GUUGUGGAAGACAAGGGACGGCGGCUCAUCUGUUCCUGCAGCUGCGCCAGAGAUCACGUCUUCUACAACUCCUCCAACACCCGGCGCGUGGGCAAAUAUCAACUGGCACUGAUGGACCAGAAUGAUGCAUACCGCGUUGGGGAUUUGCUGUGGCACAGAGGCUCUCCGAAGCACGCACGCUGGAGAGCAGACUCGAUAGCCAUACUCUGCAACUCGGCGUUCCGGGGCACCUUGAUGCGCGACAUGCUGCGAAGUGCUGUCCUCGUCGAUAACCACGCCAUUGCACCAAGUCUGAGCGAUCCGGAUCUGGAGCAACUGCUGAGUAUGCGAGGCGAGGGGCGUGUGGGCUACGCCUACGCAUCGGGCGAGACGGGUCCCAACAACCUGACCUUGCCAAGCACAGCCGAAGCUUGGGCUGGGCUGAGGCAUGUCGUCGGCCUUCGCUACACGGCACUAGGGCCUAGCUCGGACGAUGUUCUGCUGGUGCCACUGCGCUUGGGCGAUGAGCCGCGCUGGCGGCUGCAGGACGUCGAAGAGUCGCU